CUCGAGUUUACGAGUUCAAUUUCUUGGCAAGUAAAAUAAUAGAGUAACUUAUUUGGUGACCAGAAAUGUCAUUCCUUUAUUUUCUGUAAAGUGUUGUUGUUUUGAUUUUCGUGCUUGGGUUGAUUUUUUUACGAGUGAUCUUUCCGCCAAAAUAAAAGGAUUGAUAAAAGAUUGGAAGUCCAAUUAAAACACAUUGAAAUAUCAAAUAUGGUGAAGAAUAUGAGUUAUAAGAUGUAAUUUUCAAUCAUCUAAUUUAUUAAGUGAUUUCAGAGGCUACAAGUGUGGUUAACUAGAAAUAUAAUACUAUUUAUUUUUUUGCAGAUGAUCUAAUUCUUUUUGGCGAGGCUUCUUCCCAACAAGCACAAGCGAUUCUACAAUGUUUUGAUACUUUCGGAGCAGCUUCGGGUCAGAGAAUCAGUAAGCCGAAGUCAAGGGUGUUUUUCUCGACGAAUGUCGCCGAAGCCAAAAGAGCAGAAUUAAGUGAAAAGCUGGCAAUACCACAAACGGCCAACCUGGGGCGCUACUUGGGGGUACCGGUCAUCCACGAUCGGGUUUCGAAGGCAACCUACAAUGAGCUUAUUGACAAGGUGAAUAAUCGGCUUGCAGGAUGGAGGGCGGAUAAAUUGAGCAUGGCAGCGCGGGUUACCCUUGCCCAAGCGGUACUCUCAUCGCUCCCGUCGUACACCAUGCAAACGUCGUUCCUGCCGGCGAGCGCGAGGGAGUACAUCGACAAGAAGAUCCGAGCUUUUGUUUGGGGAAGCACAGAGAGGGGCAGGAAAAUUCACCUCCUUGACUGGGAAACGGUGUGUCGACCGAAAGAGGAAGGCGGUCUAGGCUUGCGCACAGCUACUAGAUCAAAUGAAGCGUACAUAAUGAAAAUUUUCUGGCGGUUACUGACAGGGAAAGACGAACUAUGGGCUCGGGGUGAUUUGGUGUAAAUAAAUUCGGGAGAGGGAGAAUGGAUUAGAGCCAAGAAGGCAGGGGCGAAUGUCGAACCUUUGGAGGGGAGUGAUCCGCGUUUGGGACAAGAUGGACGAGGCCACGGUCUGGAAUAUGGGCGAUGGAAGAACAACGAAGUUCUGGACGGACAGAUGGGUUACGGACGGCGAUCCGCUGGUCACUCAUGCUGCGGACCUACCUUCUGAAGUGCUGGACAUGACUGUGUCGGAGUUCGUGCUCAACGGGGAAUGGAACAGGGCCUUCAUUGAUUAUUAUCUUCCUAACGAGUUUGCUUUGCAGGUUUAUUUGCACCCUGUACCGGCGGCACACGAGAGAGACAUAAGAUGCUGGAGAUUCUCCUCAGACGGGCGCUUCAACUUCAAGACGGCGUAUGAGUUCACGGCAGAGGACGCGGGAGCCCCAAACCACAGGCACCCGAAAUGGCGAGCGAUUUGGAGAGCUCCAGUCAUGCAGCGGACGAGGACUUUUCUUUGGCUAGCUACCCAUCAACGACUGCUUACUAACGUGGAGAGGAGACGAAGGCACCUUACAACAGACAACAGCUGCAAGACGUGCGGAGGAGGACCCGAGACAACCUUGCACGUGCUCCGAGACUGCCCUUUCGCGCGGGGAGUCUGGGCGGGGCUGCUUGAAGACGAACCAGACAGGGACUUCUACGGGAAGAGCUUGGAGGAAUGGAUGUUCCACUACUACACAGGGCGGGGACGAGUAGUCGAUGCCACUCUCUUUGCAGGUACAUGCUGGCUCCUGUGGAAGAACCGGAACAACUUCUGCUUCCAAGGUGAACUCCAGUCCUUUGCUCAAAUUCAGUUCCACUCGGCCCAGCUAAGGCAGAGCAUCAUCCGCGCGUUGGAGAAGGAAACUAUAGUUGGCGGAGCCGGGAGACUCCAUACACCAACACCCAUUUGCUGGCAGCACCCAGAGCCAGGGUGGACAUGCCUCAACACAGAUGGUUCUGUUAACCACUCUCCUUCGAGUACGGCGGCAGGGGGGGUCGUGCGAGGGGAUGAUGGUCGUUUCAUUAUUGCCUUCACCAUGAACCUUGAGAGGGGGGGGGGGGGUUUCGAUCACCAGUGCCGAGUUAGCUGGAAUUGAGCAGGGGCUGAGGUUUGCUUGGGAGGCAGGGGCUCGGAAGGUUCUCUUGCAGACGGAUUCGACUCAUUGAGACAGCGGAUCAGCAGCAUAUGCAUUUCACGAGAGUUAAGCAGAUCUGACAGCUACUAGCCAGAGACUGGCAGGUCAGCCUGAGUCAUAUCUAUAGAGAAGCUAACGUCGUCGCAGAUUAUUUGGCCAAUCUAGGCCACACUUAUUCGGUGGGAACCCAUAGAAUCCUUGUGCCCAACAGUGCUCUUUCGUACUGGUUGUAUCAUGACUACAUCGGGGUUGAAACGACCCGUUUGAUUCCUCAGUAAAGGUUGGGACGCCCU